AUGGCACAACCCCCAAACCCUUAUGCCGCUCUCACUCCAACAGAAGCAGAAUCCUCCGGCCCUUUCGAGCCCGAAACCCUUUUGCCGCUGAUCAAUCGGGCGCUUCCACUCGCUCAGGCUCUACCCUCGCAGUCACCCCUCGUAGCCGUCGGCCGAGGAUCAUCAGGUCGGACCUUCUUAGGCGUCAAUGUGGAAUUACCAGGUUUGUCUCCUCUCCACUCCAUCCACGCCGGGCAGUUCCUUGUCGUCCAUCUCGCCCUCAACAACGAGCGAACACUCAACUGCUUAGCCUUCUCCUCAAACGGCUCCUACUUCGACCCUCCAUGUCCCCACUGCUGCCAACUUCUUCAAGAAAUCCGAAAUGCGUCUAGUACCAAACUCUUGAUCACGGACCCAUCCCGCCAGCGCGACAUGUCUCUUUCGACCUACCUUCCGCAAAAAUAUUUGUCCCUCUACAAUGAGGUCCCGAAAUACUUCUUCGCUCGCCUUCUCGACGAAAAUCGCAAUAACGGCCUCACCCUCAUUAAUCCCAAUCCCAUCAGAGACUGCCUAGAUUCCGAAAUUUGUAACCAUCUAAGCUGCAGGGCUCUAAAGGCGGCUAACCGAUCGUACGCGCCGUAUAGCAAGUCUCCGUCUGGAGUGGCGCUCAUGGAUUUUCAAGGGAGAGUGUACAGUGGAUGGAGCAUUGAAUCUGUGGCGAACCCUAUUUUGGGGGCAGCACAAGCUGCACUGGUUGACUUCAUGACUAAUGGUGGCGGCCACGAGUUCAAUAACAUAGUCCGAGGGUUUCUGGUGGAGAAGAGAGAUGCGAAGUUGAGUCACUUGGCCACGGCGAGGGAGAUUCUAAAUAAGGUAGCCCACUUCAGCUUCAUUUUACGUGUCUUACAUUGCCACAAAAUACAGUGUUUUUUUACUCAUGAAUCUCCAUCAAUGAGUGAAAAAGAGGAUUUUGCAAACAUAUUAAAGGACAUAAACUCUAAACGACGCCGUAAUAUUCAUCAUGGGACAAUCUACAAAACCGGCGACGAAAAAACCCUAAAAUUUAUUUUAGGCGUUAAUUACAAAGAUAUGGAAGCAGUCGACGAACCACCGAUGCGCAAACGGAAAGUUGACGAGUUGAUGCACGCUGUUGAUCCAUCCAACGAUUCACGUUUCACUUUCCAGACACGUGUUACGAGAGCUACAUGUCAGAAAGAUGAAGACCUGAGGAUACUGACUGAAGUCUGUAGAAUUAAACCAAAGAUUCAAGGUACUGGAGAACAAAGCGAUGGAAUGACGAAGCUAUUGAUGGUUUCUACAAAGGCUAUCUACCUAAGUGGAUAUCGGAUGAUAUUUUGAUGCCAUGCAGUGAGUAAGAUCAGUUUUAUGAGGUGCAAGAAUCAGAGAUCCGAGAACACAACUGGCUUAAUCUAUACACUGAAAUCGCAUUAUACUCGAUGUGGGAAGGAGACAUGAGGCUCGAGUCUGUGCCGCUGCAGAUAAUGAAGGUCAUUGUAGAGACUCGUGAAGCUGUGGAGUCAAAUGAAAAGUUGAUGGCUGGGAAUGCAAUCUUCUACAUUAGUUUCAAAUACUUGAAUGCUCCUCAUGGCCCACCUCAAUACCACAGAGCCAUUGUAAGAAGAACCGUUGAUGGGAUUCCA